AUGCCUUUUGUUUUUGGGGCCAUCACAGCCACCUUAGUUUUUGAAGCAGUUGGUCUGGUAGCGAGCUCCUGGGCUCUCGUGGUCUCUGGGGUUCUGGAGUUGCUCAUUCUGAUUUUUGCCAUCUAUGGUUCAGCUGCACUGCUCGUAAAAGGUCUGACUCAACGUCUAGUCCUUAAAGGUUUCGGUACCCCCCUUUUUAAUGUUCUUCUGCUAGGGACCCCCAACUCAGCAAGCGCCCAGAGCAUUGGCCAGGAGAAGAAGAAAAACACAAAAUAUGCAGAGCCCAUGGCCUUGGGUUUCUUCUGUGACACUGUUGCCUCCUUCAUCUUUGCUUUCUACAGCUUUGGGUACAUGAAGUCCUUUGGCUUAGGAGCAGCAUGGGUCUCAAUCAUCACAGUUGCCCAGCUGUUCUCCAGCUACUACGCCCAUCUGCGCCAAGACUGCUACCACACCACUAAGUUUGGUCUUCAUGCCACAUAUUGGCUGAUCAAAGCUUGGGAUGAAUUUGUGGUAUCUGCUCUGGCGUGGGGGGACAUUGAUGUGCGCCUCAGAGCUGAUCCACAACAUGUUGUUUCUCCUGCUUACGCUCUCAACAAUCCCCAGAUUCCUCUCCAGGGAUACUACAUCUUCUUUGGUGUAGCCUGCUGCCUGUUCACCGCAGCCUCCCUGUGGCACUUUCGGCGUCGUCUCAUCAACACCAUAGCAGAGAAGUCUCUAAUCCCUGUAGGACCACAGCCCAUCUCCUCUGACCAGUUGAAGAAGGCUUUGAAGUGCUGCAGGGCCGAGCAGGGGGACCCAGAGCCCCUACCCCAAACUGACCAGGGUUCAGACACCCUGUUCUACCUUUCAAAUGGGGUUGCAGCUCUCUCAGCUCUUCAUGCAAGUUCAUCCAGAACGAAUCCUACCUUUCUUCAUCUGACUAUCCCUUGGGUCCUCAUCUCUGGAGCCAUCAUCCAGGUCUAUGUCAGCCGACUGCAAGUAACAGGAGGUGACCGUUUUGGUUCAGUCAUGUCAUCCAUCUAUGUAGCAGUAUGGGCAACCUGGACCUGGUUUAGGUUUGCAGGUGACACGCUUCAGCUUUCCACAGAGGAAAGUUACGGUUUUACAGCCGGAGCCAUUGCUCUCUUGGUCAUUAAUGCUUUCCUUAUGCUGAUUGCUGCCGACAGGAACCUGGUUUUGCUGUUUCUAACAGCAGUCAUGGAGGUUGUUCUGGUCUGUUUCCUGCUUUCCACUCUGCAGCGACUGCCUUAUGAGCUAGAAAUUGCCAUGCUUUCACUACUUUCAAUAAUUUGUAUAUAUGGAGCUCUGGCGUCACUGGUGAACUGUAUCUUCUCACAAAGACUGCUACCUAUGGGCCCUUCCUUAAGAAAGCUUCCCUGUCCCGUGGCUAAUUCCCGACUCACCAGUGGUCUCCUGAAGAUCGCUGGCCUCCUGAAAGAAGGAGGAGUGUGUGGCAUUCCCACAGACACUGUGUAUGCCCUGGCUGCCUCCUGCAAGAAUCCUCAAGCAAUAGAGAACAUCUAUAAUAUUAAAGACAGACCAGCAGAGAAGCCCAUCUGCAUUUGCAUCUCUAAUGUGGAGCAGCUGGUGGCAGCCAAGCCUCCCUUCAGCCCUCUGCUCUGGGAGUUUAUGAGGAAUGUGUAUCCAGGCGGCAUCAGCUGCAUCGUCAGCAAAGGAGACUGGCUGUUCAAACUAGGAGUGGGGCCAGCUUAUGACCGUGUUGGCACCAAGGAUAGCAUCAUGAUCCGCGUCCCUAACCACACGGUGACAGGCCACCUAUGUGACAUCACCGGACCCCUUGCUAUCACGUCAGCCAAUCCCAGCGGAGAGCCAGACAGCACCCACCACACCAUGGUCAUCAAUCGACUGGGACACAAGAUCCAAGGGGUUCUGUGUGACGGAGACUCAAAUGAAGUUGUUGCUUCCACUGUGGUUAACUGCCUGAAGAUUGAUGAAGGGACCAUCACCAUUGUAAGGGAAGGAUGUGUCCCUGCAGUAAAAGUCCGACAGAUCUUCGACAGAGUGAAAAGCGCUAUGGUGUGAUUGUCUCGUACCUAAUUUCUCUGCCUCAGAGAGCCUCAUCAUGACUUGUUCCCUACAAGAUCGGCUUCUUCAGCUCCCCCCAUUUCCAUUCAACAAGAAACACUAUAUGAAUGAUAUGUGAAUGACUGAGUGAAAGCGUGUGUAUUGCUGGUUGUGUCACCUAUGUGUAUAACUGUGGUUUUCUUGGCAAAUGUUACAAUAAAAAA